AUGACAGUUAUCCGGCAGAUUUUCCCCCUCUCAAGGGACAACAAUCAGAGAUGCAUGAGGAACAAUCACCGAAUAUCGUCACUGCUGUGCGAUCCACAAGAAGGCUAUCUUCAGAUGCUGCAGGUUUCCAACCUGUACCUCUAUGACAGUGUGCUCAUGCUGGCCAACGCUUUCCACAGAAAACUGGAGGACAGGAAAUGGCACAGCAUGGCAAGUCUGAACUGCAUGAGGAAAUCCACCAAACCUUGGAAUGGAGGACGAUCCAUGCUGGAGACUAUUAAGAAGGGCCAUAUAACUGGGCUUACUGGUGUUAUGGAGUUCAGAGAAGAUGGCGCCAACCCCUAUGUUCAAUUUGAAAUACUGGGCACUAGCUACAGCGAAACAUUUGGCAAAGAUGUGCGGAGG